AUGGCAUCUCCGGCGCCGCCGCUCAAGGACGCCGUCGGAGUCCUGGACCGCGACCCCUUCGUCGCCCUCCUCUCCAAGCUCAUCGGCGAGUCCCAGCGCCUGCAGAACGACCCGCCGGCCCUCGUCCCGCAGGAGGACCUCGUGGCGCAGCACGUGGUCGACGCGCUCCGCCCGGUGUCGACGGACACCGGUGGCGGCCCGCUCGUCGUGCGGAAGGUGAGCUACACCGACGGCCGGAGCAACGUCAUCGUCGAGUACCCCGGCACCGUCCCCGACCGCGUCGUCUCCUUCGUCGGCAUGCACAUGGACGUCGUUCCGGCCAACCCUAGCGAAUGGGACUUCGAUCCCUUCUCACUAACAUUCGAAGGUGAUGACAAGGAAAAGCUUAGGGGCCGUGGGACGACGGACUGCCUUGGUCAUGUGGCGCUAGUGACUCAGCUCAUGCGGCGGCUUGGUGAGGUGAAACCACCAUUGAAGCAUUCUGUCAUUGCGGUGUUCAUUGCCAAUGAAGAGAAUUCAUCGGUCACUGGCAUUGGUGUUGAUGGCCUUGUCAAGGAUGGUUUGUUGGAUAAGCUCAAAACUGGACCCUUGUUUUGGAUAGAUACUGCGGAUAAGCAGCCAUGCAUUGGUACUGGUGGGAUGAUCCCUUGGCAUCUAAAGGCAACAGGGAAGCUGUUUCACAGUGGCCUUGCACAUAAGGCCAUAAAUUCGAUGGAGUUAAAUAUGGAUGCACUUAAAGAAAUCCAAACCCGGUUUUACAAUGACUUCCCUGCACACGAGAAAGAGAAGCUCUACAAGUUUGCUACUCCAUCUACGAUGAAGCCAACAAAGUGGAGUUAUCCUGGUGGUGGUCUGAACCAAAUUCCUGGAGAAUGUACAAUUUCAGGGGAUAUAAGGUUGACUCCUUUCUAUAGCACGAGUUUUGUUGUUCAGAAGUUAAAAGAGUAUGUAGAUGAUAUAAAUGCUGGACUUGAAACAAAGCUUCCUACUCGUGGUCCAGUUUCGAAAUAUGUUCUUCCGGAUGAAAAUCUGCGAGGAAGGCUUGAAAUCUCUUUUGAUGGAGAUGUGAUGAAUGGGGUGGCCUGUAAUCUCGAGUCUCGGGGCUUUCAAGCAUUAUGGAAAGCAACUGAGGAAAUAGUCGGAUACGUAGAGCCGUAUUCCAUCACCGGGAGUUUGCCUCUGAUUCGUGAAUUACAGGAUGAAGGAUUUGAUGUUCAAACUGCUGGAUAUGGCUUACUGAAGACAUACCACGCGAAGAACGAGUAUUGUCUGUUUUCAGAUAUGGCCCAAGGCUUUCAAGUGUUUGUAAGCAUCAUUUCGCAGCUGGAAGCAGAUGCUUAA